CUCAAUACCGACUCAAUCUGCGUUACCACCAGCAACAGAGGUGGUGGGGUUGGGAAAGAAAUUGCUAUUACUUUUUUUUAUUUUCUGCUGUGGUUGUCAGAACUGUGUCGCCGGCUGUCACGGAGAACAAAGAAAAGGACACCCCUGUAUGGUUUGGGCACAUCAUAGGCGCCGUCUCUCCCGUUUCUUCUUCAUCUCUGCAUUCGUGUGCAGCAACCCAGAAAGGCUAGCUAACAGAUAAGUCCAGCUACAUGGUAUCCAUGCAUCAAAGGAACCCGUAGCAUUCCCGGGGCUGGAGAAGCCGUGGCUUUAGCUCUGAUAGAGUACACUGUUUUUAUUCUCGUUGCGAGCACAAAGCCCUUGCAGCUCCGUUGCGCAUCGACAGAGCAUCGCUCCGGCACGGGAACAUUUCGCAGGCUGACUGCGAACUCUCGGUUGACAGGACCAAAAAGCGGUGGUGGAUGAGUUUUAUUUCGUUUAUCUUGUUUUUAUCUCUUUUAUGAAACAAUGUUUCGCGCCACAGCGAACACGCUGGCGGUUGGGUUGUUUUUCUUGGCAUUUUUGCACAGUUUGGAGGUAAUCGUUCCAGCCAGAGCCAUUGACGCCCCAAAGACGUGCAGUCCGAAGCAGUUUGUUUGUAAGGACCAGGUGACGUGCAUCUCCAAGGGCUGGCGCUGCGAUGGGGAGAAGGACUGCCCAGACGGCUCGGAUGAAUCGCUGGAUGUCUGUCCGCACAGCCGUGUGUCGCGGUGCCCACCCAACGAGUACCAGUGUGGUGGGAUAGAGCUGUGUAUCCACAUGAGCAAACUGUGCAACGGAGUUCCAGACUGCACCGAUGGCUGGGACGAGGGGCCGCACUGCAGAGAAUUCGCCGCCAACUGCACUCUGUCGAGUUGCCAGGACAACUGUUCGGUGACUCCGUCGGGCACUGCAUGUUACUGUAAGAGUGGAUAUGAAAUAGGGCUGGACGGCAAAACAUGUAAAGAUUUUGACGAGUGCAGUGUGUAUGGGACCUGCAGCCAGUCCUGUACCAACACAGAGGGCUCGUACACCUGCAGCUGUGUGGAGGGCUACCUGCCUCAGCCCGACAACCGCUCCUGCAAGGCCAAAAAUGUACCAGUAGAAAGGAACUCGGUGCUGCUGAUCGCCAACAGUCAGAACAUCCAGGCCACGUCUCUGAGCGGCACCACGAUCAGCCUGCUGUCCACCACCACCAAGCAGACCACUGCCAUGGACUUCCUCUACGCCCAGGAGCAGGUCUGCUGGAUCCACGUUGGCGACUCGUCGGCCUCCACCCACCUCAAGUGUGCCAAGAUCCCCAACCUCAAGAGCUUCGCUGACGAGAGGGUCAUCAACAUCUCCCUCAGCCUGCACCAUGUGGAGCAGAUGGCUAUUGACUGGCUGACAGGAAACUUCUACUUUGUGGAUGACGUGGACGACCGGAUCUUUGUGUGUGACAAGGACGGUCAGACGUGUGUCACCCUGCUGGACCAGGAGCUGUACAACCCCAAGGGCAUCGCCCUGGACCCCACUAUGGGUAAAGUGUUCUUCACAGACUACGGUCAGAUCCCCAAGGUGGAGCGUUGUGACAUGGAUGGUCAGAACCGGACUAAGCUGGUGGACAGUAAGAUUGUGUUCCCACACGGUAUCACCCUGGACCUGGUCAGCAGGCUGGUCUACUGGGCCGAUGCCUACCUGGACUACAUAGAGGUGGUGGACUACGAAGGCAAGAACAGACACACCAUCAUACAGGGCCUGCUGAUUGAGCACCUGUACGGUCUGACAGUGUUUGAGAACUACCUGUAUGCCACUAACUCGGACAACGCCAACAUGCAGCCUAAGACCAGUGUGAUCAGAGUGAACCGCUUCAACAGCUCUGACUACCAGGUGGUGACCCGCGUCGACAAGGGAGGAGCCCUGCACGUCUACCACCAGAGACGCCAGCCCCCAGUGCGUAGCCAUGCAUGUGAGCCAGACCAGUUUGGGAAGGCAGGAGGCUGCUCUGAUAUUUGUCUGCUGGGGAACAGCCAUAAGACCCGCACCUGCCGCUGUCGCUCCGGCUUCAGCCUGGGGAGUGACGGGAAGUCCUGCAAGAAGCCGGAGCAUGAGCUGUUUCUGGUGUACGGUAAAGGUCGUCCAGGGGUCAUCAGAGGGAUGGACAUGAAUGCUAAGGUCCCAGAUGAGUACAUGAUCCCUAUAGAGAACCUGAUGAACCCCAGAGCCCUUGACUUCCACUCAGAGAGUGACUUCAUAUAUUUUGCCGAUGCCACCAGCUACCUCAUCGGCCGCCAGAAGAUCGACGGUACAGAAAGGGACACCAUUCUGAAGGAAGGGAUCCAUACAGUCGAGGGUAUAGCGGUGGACUGGAUGGCUGAUAACCUGUACUGGACAGAUGAUGGGCCCAAGAAGACCAUCAGUGUGGCCAGGCUGGAGAAGGCUUCCCAGACUCGCAAGACUCUCAUCGAUGGCAAGAUGACCCACCCCCGCGCCAUCGUAGUGGACCCCCUGCACGGGUGGAUGUACUGGACAGACUGGGAGGAAGAUCCCAAGGAGAGUAAGAGAGGGAAGAUUGAGCGGGCCUGGAUGGAUGGUUCUAACAGGAACGUGUUCCUGACCAGUAAGACGGUCCUGUGGCCCAACGGUCUGAGUCUGGACAUCCCACAGGGCAUUCUGUACUGGGUGGACGCAUACUAUGACCGCAUCGAGAUGGUCUACAUUAACAACACUGAACGCAAGACGGUAUACGAGGGUCAGGAGUUGAACCACGCCUUCGGCCUGUGUCACUACAAACACUUCCUGUUCUGGAACGAGUACCGCAGCGGCAGCAUCUACAAACUGGACCAGAUCACCAGGACCGUCACCCUGCUCCGCAACGAACGGCCGCCCAUCUUCGAGAUCCGCAUGUAUGACGCCCAGCAGCAGCAAGGUUCUAAUGCGUGUCGUGUGAAUAACGGGGGCUGCAGUAGUCUGUGUCUGGCGAUCCCUGAUGGGAGACAGUGUGCCUGUGCAGAGGACCAGCUACUAGAUGACAAAGACAACACCAGCUGUAAAGUCAACCCCACCUACAUCCCUCCUCCUCAGUGUCAGCCAGGGGAGUUUGCCUGUAAGAACAACCGCUGUAUCCAGGAGCGAUGGAAGUGUGACGGUGACAAUGACUGUCUGGACAACAGCGACGAGGCCCCCGAGCUCUGCCACCAGCACACCUGUCCGACCGACAGGUUUAAGUGUCAGAACAACCGCUGUAUCCCUCUGCGCUGGCUGUGUGACGGAGACAACGACUGUGGCAAUGAUGAGGAUGAGUCCAACACCACCUGCUCUGCACGCACCUGCCCCCCCAACCAGUACUCGUGUGCCAGCGGUCGCUGUAUCCCCAUCUCCUGGACAUGUGACCUGGACGAUGACUGUGGGGACCGCUCUGACGAGCCUGCGUCAUGUGCCUACCCCACCUGUUUCCCUCUCACCCAGUUCACCUGCAAUAACGGACGCUGCAUCAACAUCAACUGGCGCUGUGACAAUGAUAAUGAUUGUGGGGACAACAGUGAUGAGGCAGGCUGCAGCCAUUCCUGCUCCAGCGCCCAGUUCAAGUGUAACAGCGGCCGCUGCAUCCCGGACUAUUGGACCUGCGAUGGAGACAACGACUGUGGCGACUACAGCGACGAGACUCACGCCAACUGCACCAAUCAGGCCACGCGUCCCCCUGGUGGCUGUCACACGGAUGAGUUCCAGUGUCGUAUGGACGGUCUGUGCAUCCCUAUGCGCUGGCGCUGCGAUGGAGACACAGAUUGCAUGGACCUGAGCGAUGAGAAGAACUGCGAAGGUGUCACACACAUGUGUGACCCCGCCGUCAAGUUUGGUUGUAGAGACUCUGCCCGCUGUAUCAGUAAGGCCUGGGUGUGUGACGGGGACAGCGACUGUGAGGACAACUCAGACGAGGACAACUGUGAGGCGUUGGUGUGUAAGCUCUCCCACCAUGUGUGUGCCAACGACUCCACCAUCUGUCUGCCCGCUGAGAAGCUUUGUGACGGCACAGACGACUGCCCCGACGGCUCUGACGAGAAACUCUGUGACCUGUGCUCGCUGGAUAACGGCGACUGCAGCCAUAACUGUACAGUAGCCCCCGGGGAGGGCGUGGUGUGUUCCUGCCCCCUGGGCAUGGAGCUGGACUCCAACAACAAGACCUGUCAGAUCCAGAGCUUCUGCGCCAAACACCUCAAGUGUAGCCAGCGCUGUGAGCAGGACAAGUUCAGUGUCAAGUGUUCCUGCUACGAGGGUUGGGAACUGGAGCCUGACCAGGAGAACUGCAAGAGCACUGAUCCCUUCAAGCCCUUCAUCAUCUUCUCCAACCGCCAUGAGAUCCGUCGUAUCGACCUGAACAAGGGAGAGUUCAGCGUGCUGGUGCCUGGCCUGAGGAACACCAUCGCCCUGGACUUCCACCUCGCUGAGAAUGCCCUCUACUGGACCGACGUGGUGGAGGACAAGAUCUACCGCGGCAAACUGUCCGAGAACGGAGCUCUGACUAGUUUUGACGUGGUGAUCCAGUAUGGCCUGGCCACUCCAGAGGGUCUUGCGGUGGACUGGAUAGCAGGGAACAUCUACUGGGUGGAGAGUAACCUGGACCAGAUAGAAGUGGCCAAGCUGGAUGGAACCAUGAGGACCACCCUGCUGGCUGGGGAGGUGGAGCACCCCCGCGCCAUCGCCCUGGACCCCCGCUACGGGAUUCUGUUUUGGACGGACUGGGAUGCCAGUAUGCCAAGGAUCGAGGCAGCUUCCAUGAGUGGCGAGGGAAGGAGGACCAUCCAUAAGGAGACAGGAAAUGGGGGCUGGCCCAACGGACUCACUGUAGACUACUUGGAGCUACGCAUCCUGUGGAUCGACGCCAGGUCUGAUGCUAUUUACUCAGCCAAAUACGAUGGUUCCGGCCUGAUCGAGGUGCUGAGGGGACACGAAUACCUGUCGCACCCAUUCGCAGUCACUAUGUACGGGGGAGAGGUUUACUGGACGGACUGGAGGACCAACACGCUGGCCAAGGCUAAUAAGUGGACCGGUAACAACGUAACCGUGGUCCAGAGAACCAACACACAACCUUUUGACCUGCAGGUCUACCAUCCUUCCAGACAGCCCCAAGCUCCUAAUCCGUGUGCAGCUAACAAUGGCAUAGGUCCCUGUUCUCACCUGUGUCUCAUCAACUACAACCAGACCUUCUCCUGUGCCUGCCCUCAUCUCAUGAAGCUGGGAGCCGACAAACACACUUGCUAUGAGUCCCGUCAGUUCCUGCUGUAUGCCCGUCAGAUAGAGAUCAGGGGAGUGGACAUAGACAACCCCUACUAUAACUACAUCAUCUCCUUCACGGUGCCAGACAUAGACAACGUGACCGUGGUGGACUAUGAUGCCGUGGAGCACCGGAUCUACUGGUCAGACGUCCGAACCCAGACCAUCAAGAGAGCCUUCAUCAACGGCACCGGAGUGGAGACCGUGGUGUCUGCUGACCUGCCCAACGCUCAUGGUCUGGCAGUAGACUGGGUGUCUAGGAACCUGUUCUGGACCAGCUAUGAUGCCAAUAAGAAGCAGAUCAAUGUGGCCAGACUGGAUGGAUCAUUUAAGAACGCUGUCAUCCAGGGCCUGGAUAAACCUCACUGUCUGGUGCUGCACCCCAUACUGGGGAAGCUGUACUGGACAGAUGGAGACAACAUCAGCAUGGCAAACACAGACGGCAACAACCGCAGUGUCCUCUUCACCAAUCAGAAAGGCCCAGUGGGUCUGUCCAUAGACUUUGACACAGAGCAGUUGUACUGGGUCAGCUCAGGGAACAGCACCAUCAGCCGCUGUAAGCUGGAUGGUUCGGGUCUGGAGGUUCUGGAGGGGGUCAAGGGCAAACUGACCAAGGCCACAGCUCUGGCCAUCAUGGGGGACAAGCUAUGGUGGGCGGACCAGGGGACUGACCAGAUAGGAACCUGUGACAAGCGUGACGGAGGGAACUGGAAGGUCCUGAGAAACAGCACCUCAGCCAUGAUGCACUUGAAGAUCUACAACGAGACCGUGCAGAAAGGCACCAAUCUGUGCAGUAAUAGCAAUGGAGACUGUUCCCAGCUGUGCCUGCCCACCUCCCCCACCACACGAGCCUGCAUGUGUACCGCUGGAUACAGCCUCAGGAGUGGACAACAGUCCUGCGAGGGAGUGGGCUCCUUCCUGCUCUACUCUGUUCAUGAGGGCAUCCGUGGCAUCCCCCUGGACCCCUCGGACAAGUCAGAUGCUCUGGUGCCAGUGUCGGGCACCUCCCUCGCUGUGGGCAUAGACUUCCAUGCAGACAAUGAUACGAUCUACUGGGUGGACAUGGGCCUGAGCACCAUCAGCAGAGCUAAGAGAGACCAGACCUGGAGAGAAGAUGUGGUCACUAACGGCAUCGGCAGAGUGGAGGGCAUCGCUGUGGACUGGAUCGCUGGGAACAUCUACUGGACUGACCAGGGCUUUGAUGUGAUUGAGGUGGCCAGACUCAACGGCUCCUUCCGCUACGUGGUCAUCUCCCAGGGCCUGGACAAGCCCCGCGCCAUCACUGUCCACCCAGAAAAGGGGUACCUGUUCUGGACAGAGUGGGGUCAGUACCCACGGAUCGAGAGGUCUCGUCUGGAUGGGUCUCAGAGAGCUGUACUAGUCAACGUCAGCAUCAGCUGGCCUAAUGGCAUCUCCAUAGACUACCGGGAGGGUCUUCUGUACUGGUGUGACGCUCGUACAGACAAGAUAGAGCGUAUCAACCUGGAGACCGGAGAGAACAGAGAGGUGGUGCUGGCUAACAACAACAUGGACAUGUUCUCUGUCUCUGUGUUUGAGAAAUACAUCUAUUGGAGUGACAGGACUCAUGCCAAUGGCUCCAUAAAGAGGGGCAGCAAAGACAACGCUACAGAUUCUGUGCCUCUGCGCACUGGCAUCGGAGUACAGCUCAAAGACAUCAAAGUGUUCAACCGGGCCAGGCAGCAAGGAACGAAUGUUUGUAAGGAUAACAACGGCGGCUGCCAGCAACUGUGUCUUUUCCGUGGCAACGCAGAACGUACAUGUGCCUGUGCUCACGGCAUGUUGGCCGAGGACGGACGGGGUUGCCGUGACUACGACGGCUACCUACUCUACUCGGAACGGACCAUUCUAAAGAGCGUUCACCUAUCGGAUGAAGAGAACCUAAAUGCUCCUAUAAAAGCGUUUGAGGAUCCUGAACACAUGAAGAACGUUAUAGCUCUGACGUUUGACUACCGUGGAGGAGGAGGGAAAGGAGCCAAUCGCAUCUUCUUUAGUGACAUCCACUUUGGAAACAUCCAGCAGAUCAAUGAUGAUGGCUCGGACCGCAAGACACUGGUGGAAAAUGUGGGUUCGGUAGAGGGCCUAGCAUACCACCGUGGCUGGGACACUUUGUACUGGACCAGCUAUACCACCUCCACAAUCACCCGCCACACGGUCAACCAGAGCCGCUGGGGUGCCUGGGACCGCGACACCGUGGUCACCAUGUCUGGAGAUGACCACCCCCGGGCCUUCGUACUGGACGAGUGUCAGGACCUGAUGUUCUGGACCAACUGGAAUGAACAGUCCCCCAGUAUCAUGCGUGCCACCCUGUCUGGUAACAAUGUACUGGUGAUCAUCGGCAGUGACAUCCGCACCCCCAACGGCCUGGCCAUAGACCACCGCGCUGAGAAACUCUAUUUCUCCGACGCCACCCUGGACAAGAUCGAACGUUGCGAGUACGAUGGCAGCCGCCGCUACGUGGUGUUGAAGAAUGAGCCAGUCCAUCCGUUUGGCCUGGCGGUGUAUGGAGACUACAUCUUCUGGACCGACUGGGUCCGCAGGGCCGUCCUCAGGGCCGACAAGUACGUGGGCGGAGACAUGAAACUCCUCAGAGCCGACAUCCCCCAGCAGCCAAUGGGCAUCGUCGCGGUGGCCAACGACACUAAUAGCUGCGAGUUCUCUCUGUGUCGGGUGAACAACGGAGGUUGUCAGGACCUGUGUCUUCUGACCUCAGAGGGCAGGGUCAACUGUACUUGCCGUGGCGAUGGCGAAAGGAAACUGCUGGAGGACAACACCUGCAUCGCCCUAAACACCACGUGCGGCAGUGUAGAUGAGUUUGAGUGUGGGAAUGGAGACUGUGUGAACUACACUCUGACCUGUGACGGCAUGGCCCACUGCAAGGACAAGUCAGACGAGAAACAGUCCUACUGCGCCAACCGGGUGUGUAAGAAGGGCUACAGGCGGUGUGUGAACGGCAGGUGUGUGGGACACAGCUCCUGGUGUAACGGACAGGACGAUUGUGGGGACGACUCAGACGAACUCUUCUGCAACACCACCUUGUGUACGGCAGAGCAGUUCCAGUGCAGAGACGGUGGCUGCACCACCAACUCCAGCAAGUGUAACCAGAUUGUAGACUGCGAGGACGCCAGCGACGAGAUGAACUGCUCUACUGACUGUUCCAGCUACUUCCGGCUGGGGGUUAAGGGUGUGACCUUCCAGAAAUGUGAGUUCACCAGCCUCUGCUACGCAUCCUCCUGGGUGUGUGAUGGAGCCAAUGACUGUGGAGACUACUCCGACGAGAGGAACUGCCCAGACCGGAGGAAGACCAAGUGUCCUGCUUCAUUCUUUGCGUGUCCUAGUGGUCGCUGUAUCCCUAUGAGCUGGACCUGCGACAAGGAGAACGACUGUGAGAACGGAGCUGACGAGACACACUGUGAUAAGUUCUGCUCGGCCAGCCAGUUUGAAUGCGGCAACCACCGCUGUAUCCCCGACCGUUGGGUGUGUGACGGCGCUGACGACUGUGGUGAUGGGACUGACGAGGGCAGCAAGUGCAAGAAUAAGACGUGUAGUCCACAUGCCUUCCAGUGUCCUGGCUCUCAUGUGUGUGUCCCCCAGCACUGGAAGUGUGACGGGGACAAGGACUGUCCUGACGGGGUGGAUGAGAGUGUCAAGGCUGGAUGUGUGUUCAACAACACCUGUGAUGAGAAUGAGUUCAUGUGUCAGAACAGACAGUGCAUCCCCAAGCACUUUGUGUGUGAUCAUGACAAAGACUGCAGUGACGGCUCUGACGAGUCCCUGGAGUGUGAGUACCCUACGUGUGGAUCCAAUGAGUUCCGCUGUGCCAACGGCCGCUGCCUCAUCCAGAGCUCCUGGGAGUGUGACGGAGAGUUCGACUGUCACGACCGCUCUGAUGAAGCCCCCAAGAACCCCCACUGCAACGGCCCAGAGAAGAAAUGUAACGACACGGUGUACGCUUGCGGCAACGGGAACUGUGUCAAUGAGACGCUGCUGUGUGACCGGAAUGAUGACUGCGGUGACGGCACUGACGAGCUCAACUGCUUCAUCAAUGAGUGUCUGAACAGCAAGCUCAGCGGCUGCUCUCAGCUCUGUGAGGACCUCAAGAUAGGCUUCAAGUGCAGAUGCCACCCUGGCUUCCGCCUGAAGGAUGAUGGGAAGACGUGCGUGGACAUAGACGAGUGUACGACCAGCUACCCCUGCACGCAGCGCUGCAUCAACACCCACGGAUCCUUCCACUGUCUCUGUGUGGAGGGCUUCCAGCUCAGCCCCAGUGACCCCACUAUCUGCAAGUCCACCUCUGAGGAGGAGCCCUUCCUGAUCUUUGCCAACCGUUACUACCUAAGGAAACUAAACCUUGAUGGUUCCAACUACACCCUGCUCAAACAGGGCCUGAACAACGCGGUGGCGCUGGACUUUGACUACAGACAGCAGAUGAUCUACUGGACAGACGUGACCACUCAGGGCAGCAUGAUCCGACGCAUGCACAUCAACGGCAGCGAUGUACAAGUCCUUCACCGCACAUCUCUUAGCAACCCUGAUGGUCUGGCUGUUGAUUGGGUGGGAGGGAACCUGUACUGGUGUGACAAGGGGCGGGACACCAUCGAGGUGUCUAAGCUGAACGGGGCCUACCGGACAGUCCUGGUCAACACCGGUCUGAGGGAACCACGCGCUGUGGCAGUCGACGUACGAAACGGGUACCUGUACUGGUCAGACUGGGGUGACAACCCCCACAUAGGGAGGAUAGGGAUGGACGGCUCCAACAGGACUGUGAUUGUAGAGGACAGGAUCACCUGGCCCAACGGCCUCACUCUGGACUUCAUCAACGACCGUAUCUACUGGGCCGACGCCAGAGAGGACUACAUCGAGUUCGCCAGCCUGGACGGAACCAACCGACACACUGUGUUAAGCCAGGACAUCCCCCACAUCUUUGCCAUGACUCUGUUUGAGGAAUACAUCUACUGGACCGACUGGGAGACCAAGUCCAUCAACAGGUGUCACAAGACCCAGGGCACCAACAAGACCAUGCUGAUCAGCACGCUGCACCGGCCCAUGGACGUCCACAUCUAUCACCCUUACCGCCAGCCAGAGGGUAUGAUGGCCAACCACCCGUGUCAGACCAAUAACGGAGGAUGCAGUAACCUGUGCCUGCUGUCGCCUGGAGGGGGGUACAAGUGUGCCUGUCCCACUAACUUUUACCUGGCCAGUGACGGGAGACGGUGUAUGUCCAACUGUACCGCCAGCCAGUUUGUGUGCAAGAAUGACAAGUGCAUUCCGUUCUGGUGGAAGUGUGACACAGAGGAUGAUUGUGGGGACCGGUCAGACGAGCCUGCGGAAUGCCCUGAGUUCAAGUGCAGGCCCGGCCAGUUCCAGUGUGGUACAGGUAUCUGUACCAACCCAGCCUACAUCUGUGACGGAGACAACGACUGCCAGGACAACUCUGACGAGGCCAACUGUGACAUCCACGUGUGUCUGCCCAGUCAGUUUAAGUGUAGCCACCCCAGCCGCUGUAUCCCUGGGAUCUUCCGCUGUAACGGCCAGGACAACUGUGGAGAGGGAGAGGACGAGAAAGACUGCCCGGAGGUGACAUGUGCCCCUAACCAGUUCCAGUGUGCCAUCACCAAGCGCUGUAUCCCCCGUGUCUGGGUGUGUGACAGGGACAACGACUGUGUGGACGGAUCUGACGAGCCUGCCAACUGCACCCAGAUGACGUGUGGCGUGGAUGAGUUCCGCUGCAAGGACUCUGGUCGCUGCAUCCCGGCCCGAUGGAAGUGUGACGGAGAGGACGACUGUGGGGACGCAUCAGACGAACCCAAGGAGGAGUGCGAUGAGAGGACAUGUGAGCCGUACCAGUUCCGGUGUAAGAACAACCGUUGUGUCCCGGGUCGCUGGCAAUGUGACUAUGACAACGACUGUGGAGACAACUCUGAUGAGGACAAGUGUGUGCCAAGGCAGUGUUCAGAGAGUGAGUUUUCCUGUACCAACGGUCGCUGCAUCGCUGGGAGGUGGAAGUGUGAUGGAGAUCAUGACUGUGCUGAUGGAUCAGACGAGAAUGGCUGUGAUGUGAAGUGUGACAGUGAUCAGUUCCAGUGUAAGAAUGGCCACUGUAUCCCCAUCCGCUGGCGCUGUGACGCAGACCCUGACUGUAUGGACGGCAGUGACGAGGAGAAGUGUGACAGCGGAGUGGGUAGACACUGCCCCCUGGAUGAGUUCCAGUGUAACAACACUCUGUGUAAGCCCCUGGCCUGGAAGUGUGACGGAGAGGACGACUGUGGAGACAACUCUGAUGAGAACCCAGAGGAGUGCACUAAAUUCCAGUGCCCACCCAGAAGGCAGUUCCGCUGCCACAACGACCGUGUCUGCCUGCCGAUAGCCAGGCACUGUGACGGUGUUGAUAACUGCGGGGACAACAGUGAUGAGCUCAACUGCCAGACUCCUCCUACCAUGCCAGUCUGUCAGAAGGAUGAGUUCCAGUGCUCCAACGGCCGCUGCAUCAGCUCCAACCUGCGCUGUGACUACUUUAACAACUGUGAGGACUACGGCUCUGACGAGAUCGGCUGCAACAAGAAAGACUCUUCCCUGAAUGACUGCCGCAAUAACAGGACAGUGUGUGGUGACGGUGACGAGGCCCACUGUGUGGUGAAUGGCACUGAGGCCUUCUGCUCCUGCAAACCUGGCUUCAAGACCACCGGCAACAACAGAUGUGAAGAUAAGAAUGAGUGUAAGCAGUUUGGAGUGUGUUCCCACAUCUGCAACAACACCAAGGGCUCCCACAAGUGCAGCUGCCACAAGUACUUCACCAGGAUCAACGACACCUGCAAGGUUGACAACUUGAGACAGGUGCUCUACAUCGCCGACGACAACGAGAUCCGCAGCCUGGACCCUGGCAUGCCCAACUGGCGUUAUGAGCAGACCUUCCAGGGCGACGCCAACGUGCGCAUCGAUGCCAUGGACCUGCACGUCAAGACCAACCGCAUCUACUGGACCAACUGGCACACGGGCAGAAUCUCUUCCUACGAGCUGCCAUCCUCAUCCUCGUCACCGAACGGCAACAACAACCGACACCGUCGUCAGAGCGACUCCCGCGUCGCCAACCUGGAGAUCCCCGGUCUGAAGAUGCCCCGUGGCAUCGCCGUGGACUGGGUGGCAGGGAACAUCUACUGGACAGACUCUGGCCGAGAUGUGAUCGAGGUGGCCCAGAUAUCAGGCCAACACCGCAAAACCCUCAUCUCCGGCAUGAUUGAUGAGCCCUACGCCAUCGUAGUGGACCCCCAGAGAGGGACCAUGUACUGGGCUGACUGGGGAAACCACCCAAAGAUUGAGACUGCUGCCAUGGAUGGAACCAUGAGAGAGACACUGGUACAGGACAACAUCCAGUGGCCCACAGGCCUGGCUGUGGACUACUUUAACGAGCGUCUGUACUGGGCCGAUGCUAAGCUGUCAGUGAUUGGCAGUGUGAGGCUGAAUGGCAGCGACCCAGUGGUGGCUGUGACCAGCAUUAAGAACAAGCUCCACCACCCGUUCAGUAUUGAUGUGUUUGAGGACUACAUCUAUGGCGUCACCUAUAUCAACAACUUUGUGUUCCGGGUCAACAAGUAUGGCAAAGGCCCCAUGGAGAACCUGACUACAGGGAUGAACCACGCCACGGACAUCGUACUCUACCACCGCAACAAACAGCCUGAGAUGACCAACCCAUGUGACAGGAAGAAGUGUGAGUGGUUGUGUCUGCUCAGCCCCAGUGGUCCAGUCUGUACCUGUCCCAACGGACGCACCCUGGACAACGGAACCUGUGUGGAGCUCCCUACUCCUACACUCUCCCCUAUCUCUCCCCCCAGUGGUCCGUGUAACGUCCAGUGUCUGAACGGAGGCAGUUGUUUCCUCAACGCCAGGAAGCAGCCCAAGUGUCGCUGCCAGCCCAACUUCGGAGGAGACAAGUGUGAGGUGGACCAGUGCAGGGACUAUUGCCAGAAUGGAGGCACCUGCACGGCCUCUCCUACAGGCUCCCCUACGUGUCGCUGUCUGACAGGGUUCACUGGUCCUAACUGUAACCUCCAAACCUGUAAGAACUACUGUCAGAACGAAGGGAAUUGCACGGUCAGCGCUGGCAACCAGCCCACAUGCCACUGCCCUGGUGACUUCCUGGGGGACCAGUGCCAGUACCGUCGGUGCGAGGGCCACUGUCUGAACAGGGGCACAUGUCUGCAAAGUGCCAGCGGGGCGCGCCAGUGUCGCUGUCUGCCCCAGUAUAGCGGCAGCACCUGUGAGGUGGACAAGUGUCACUACUGUCGCGACGGCAAGUGUAUCCCCACUAACUCCUUCCAGCCCACAGGAGAGGUCACCUGCGUCUGCACCAACGGCAGAGUCCAACCCAGCUGCUACACGUGUGAUGAGUACUGUGCUAAUGGCCAGUGCUCUGUCAACCCACACACACACCUACCAGAGUGCAAGUGUUCUGCAGGCUGGGUGGGGCAUCGCUGUGAGGUGGCCUCUGGUGUAGACUCCUCAGAGUCUGGCGGACGUACUGCCUCCAUAGUGGUCCUAAUGCUGCUACUGCUGUUGUUGAUUCUGUUGGUGGGAGGAGCGGUGUUCUGGUACAGAAAGAGGAUGAGGGGGUCUGGCAGGCCGGGCAAAUCCUGCUCCAGACUCUCGCGGGCCAAGGGCUUCCAGCACCAGAGGAUGACCAACGGAGCCAUGAAUGUGGAGAUAGGAAACCCAGCAUACAAGAUCUACGAGGGCGAGCCAGACGACGAUGUCGGGGAGCUUCUAGACUCAGACUUCACACUGGACCCAGACAAGGUAACACACACGCCCACCAACUUCACCAACCCAGUGUACGCCACCCUGUACAUGGGAGCCCACAAUAGCCGCAACUCACUGGCCAGCACGGAUGAGAAGAAGGAGCUUCUGUCGCGGGGGGAUGAGGAGCCCCUGGUGGACCCGCUGGCAUAGAAUGUCCAUUAGCCUGGGGCGUACCAUUCCAAACACACCCCUCUUUGCCUUUUAAAGAAAAAAAACGGAAGAAAGAAAAAGCUAUAAAAAAAGCGUGAACACUGUAUAAAAUGUACAAAAAUGAAGGACUACUUUUGUAUGUGAUUGCAGUAUUAUAUUUUGUUCUUUUACAAUUCCUCUGGUCAAAAAUUAACAAAAGCAUUUUGUAUAAGAUAUUUUUUAUUUAAUUUCUGUCCCUUCCCCUUUACCUAAAUAGCCACUACCUCUGUGCAAAAUGAAACGGAAAAAGAAAAUUAGAAGAAGUUAAAACAUAAUCAUUGGACAAUUUUUAUUUUUGUAUGAAUUGUAUAGAGAAAAAAAACAUUGUUCCAUGUCACCAGUGCCAACUGUGUUCAUGUUGACUUCGAGCAGGGGGAGGCUAACUGUGUUCAUGUUGACUUCGAGCGGGGGGAGGCUAACUGUGUUUGUUGACUUCGAGCGGGGGGAGGCUAACUGUGUUCAUGUUGACUUCGAGCGGGGGGAGGCUAACUGUGUUUAUGUUGACUUCGAGCGGGGGGAGGCUAACUGUGUUCAUGUUGACUUCGAGCGGGGGGAGGCUAACUGUGUUCAUGUUGACUUCGAGCGGAGGGAGGCUAACUCAAAGUUUUGUAAGUCGAUACCAAUGUUGUCUCGAUGACAGUUUUGCCUGCAGGAGUGGGUAAGAGAGGAAUAAUACAGCACGUGUAAAAUGUCAAAACCAGAUGGCAACUUCAGUAUUUCCAUAUUAUUUACGCAGAGGACUAUGUUCAUGAAAUUACUGUUUUCUUCCUUGCACAAACGUAAUGUUUUACGGUGUAUAUACCGUAAGAUGUAACGCAGGUCAAUAUAUGUUGGUUUCUAGCAUAUUCUAAAGGUGUGUAGGGCUUGUGAUGAUAAAGUAGCCUAAUCAAAGUGUUGUUGAAGUGACUGAGGAUGAGUGACUGACUGAUGUCUGGUGAGAGGGGAUGAUGUGUUAAACAUUCUAGGCUUGCGAAUCCUUCCAUGUAGUGGGAUGUUUGCCCAGUGCCCAUGUCACAGCAGGUCAGAGCAUACUAAGGGACGGACCAGGGUCUGUGACACCUUUACUGAGAAGAACGUCACCCGUCGAUCUGCACCCCUUCAGUGGACUGUGGUGACAGAAAGGAGAUGGGAAACACAUUUGGUCUAAUGUAUGUUUUUUCCCCCCCCUGCAGCAUUUCUUAAUUUGGUUUCUGGCCUAGAGGCUGUCCAUCUGGCCCUGUCAGACUGUACAGAUGAAUCCUUCUAACCUUAAGGAGAACAAUGAGAUCUGUGCUUUUAUAAUUUUGGAACAGCUCCCUCUGAAGUGCAUUCAUUCCUUUCUCUUGCAUAGCUUGCAUAGCAUUUCCCUCUACUGUUUCUCCUUUAGCAGUUCCUGAUCAUCUCUCGGUCUCCUGUACCCUGCUGCUAGUGCUGCCGUUUUGGUCUCUCUGACGUGUCUUUAAGCUCAGCCGCUGUCCCAAAAUGCUGCUUCUGUCAGAAGGUGAUCAGCCAUAUUUUAAUGCAUGUGAGAAAUAGCAAGUGUUCAAGUAGAAUAACAAAUCCUUAUUUUGCUUACCUGUCAGCAAGUGUUAUUUGAUUUAAUCUGUCUCAUUUAUUUUUGUUUUCAAUUGAAAGGAGAGAAGUACAAUCAUUUUACUUAAAGAACAUUUUUGCAAAAUCAAAUGCGUUUUUGAUUAGUCCUUGUUUUAUAAUGAAAAAUUACACAGCUUUUAUAGUACAAAAUGCAUGGAGGUUCAAACUUUCUUCUGGAAAGAGAAUCAUGUUAAACAAUUUUGCUGGAGUACUUUACAAACUAAAUAACAGAUUGUUAUAAAUAAAACAUUUUAAAACUGUACAGAAAACAA